AUGGCUUUAAAAGCGAUGGUUGGGCAAAAAAUAAUGAAUGAAGCCAUAAAAAACAAAAGUAAAACUGGAAAAGGGGUAGAUUGGAGGGUUCUCGUUGUUGAUCAAUUAGCCAUGAGAAUGGUAUCAGCUUGCUGUAAAAUGCAUGAGAUAUCAGCCGAAGGAAUAACAUUGGUGGAAGACAUCAAUAAAAAGAGAGAACCAUUGAGUACAAUGGAAGCUAUUUAUCUCAUCACACCUUGUGAAAAAUCGGUACAUUCUCUUAUCAAUGAUUUUGCAUCUCCAAACAGGUCUAUGUAUAGAGCUGCUCAUGUUUACUUCACCGAAGUUUGCCCGGAGGAGCUUUUUAAUGAACUCUGCAAAUCAUGUGCGGCAAAAAAGAUAAAAACAUUAAAAGAGAUCAACAUUGCUUUUUUGCCCUAUGAAAGUCAGGUUUUUUCACUUGAUUCACCUGAAACGUUUCAAUGUUUUUACAACCCUUCAUUUGCAAAAUCACGGAUUGCAAAUAUGGAAAGAAUAGCCGAACAAAUAGCAACCUUAUGUGCUACACUUGGUGAAUAUCCAUCCGUUCGGUAUCGUUUUGAUUACGAUAAAAAUGUUGAAUUAGCUCAGCUUAUUCAACAAAAAUUAGAUGCUUAUAAAGCAGAUGAGCCCACAAUGGGAGAAAGUCCGGAAAAAGCCAGAUCUCAGUUGCUUAUACUCGACAGAGGUUUCGAUUGCGUUUCACCACUUCUUCACGAACUUACCCUUCAAGCAAUGGCUUACGAUUUACUUCCGAUAGAUAAUGAUGUUUACAAGUAUGAGGCUUCGGCUGGUGCACCGGAAAAAGAAGUUUUGUUGGAUGAAAAUGAUGAGUUAUGGGUUGAACUACGACAUCAACACAUUGCUGUUGUUUCUCAGAACGUCACAAAAAACUUGAAAAAGUUUAUCGAUUCGAAAAGAAUGCCAGCGGGUGAUAAACAGUCAAUGAAAGAUUUAUCGCAAAUGAUCAAAAGGAUGCCACAAUAUCAAAAAGAAUUGAGCAAAUAUUCGACGCAUUUACAUUUGGCAGAAGAUUGUAUGAAAGCUUAUCAGGGAUACGUCGACAAACUAUGCAAAGUCGAACAGGAUCUCGCCAUGGGAACUGAUGCUGAGGGCGAACGGAUAAAAGAUCACAUGAGAAACAUCGUUCCCAUUUUAUUGGACCAAGGCGUUACGCAUUAUGACAAAAUGAGAAUAAUCCUUUUGUACAUUCUCUCUAAAAAUGGUAUAUCCGAAGAAAAUUUGACGAAAUUAAUUCAACAUGCGCAAAUUUUACCUCAAGAAAAACAAACCAUCAUCAACAUGGCGAAUUUGGGUGUUAACAUUGUCGUCGAUGGAAACAGGAAAAAAAUAUAUCAAGUGCCGAGAAAAGAAAGGAUAACGGAACAAACGUAUCAGAUGUCGAGAUGGACUCCAGUCGUUAAAGACAUAAUGGAAGAAUGCAUCGAAGAUAAACUCGACGUUAAACAUUUUCCAUUUUUGAGCGGAAGAGCCACGUCAUCCGGAUAUCACGCACCUACAAGCGUCCGCUACGGUCAUUGGCAUAAGGACAAAGCCCAACAAACGGUGAAAAACGUACCACGUUUGAUUGUUUUCAUAAUCGGAGGCGUUUGUUUUUCCGAAAUUCGUUGCGCUUACGAAGUAACAAACGCCGUGAAAAAUUGGGAAGUUAUUAUAGGUUCAUCACACAUAAUGACACCGGAAGAUUUUUUGAGCAAUCUAUGCAAUUUGAGUUCGUAA